CUGGGACUGGUCGCGCUCCCGAGAAGCUCAACAAAAGAGAAAAAGAACAGCGAAGAUUUUUCAUUUUUUCUGGUAUCAAUCGACAUUGAUUUACAGUGGACGUACACACUGCAUCUCGCACCAGCACCGGCACAGGCUUCUUUAAUGGCGACGACCGAGAUGCCGAAACCAAAAGGGAAAGAACUCACGAAAAAAACCCUAGAAACAGUUCCUAACAAGGCACCGCUCACUGCACGUCUCGACGAGUCUCCUAAUUCUCCCGCUCGGUCUUCUGAUCCAGUACCAGAUGCACCUAAACGCGAAGGAGAAGAGUCGAAAGAAAACAUCUCUGUGAACGCUGAAGCUCCACUAUCUUCUCCCACGGCCGCCGCCGGUCCAGUUUCCGAUCUUCAGAAGAAGAUCCGCCGCGCAGAGCGUUUCGGGAUGCCCGUUCAGCUAUCAGAGGAAGAAAAACGAAGUUCUCGAGCUGAAAGGUUUGGCACUGGUCCUACUUUGCAUGGAUUAGAUGAAUUGAAGAAAUCAGAGGAACAGAAGAGAAAGGCCAGGGCAGAGAGGUUUGGCCUUCCAGCACAGUCUGCAGCUGAUGAGGAGGCAAAGAAGAAAGCUCGAUUAGCCAGAUUUGCACCAGUUUCCAAGAAUGAUACUUUGGAAGAAGAUAAAAAGAAGGCAAGGGCAAUCAGGUUUGCCCAACCUCCAUCUGCUACUCCGUCACAAGUUAAUGGAAAGGCCAACUCUGAGCAGAAGACGGUUACUGUGGGUAAGGCUCAUGGAGGAACCUGAUUGUUGAUGCAUUGCUUUUAACAAUCUUAUCUAACAUUUUCUGCUCUCCCAGAGGAUUUGUAGCCCAUUUUUUACCAUUGCACAUGUGAUGUGAAUACUCCCGGAUGACUUGAGAUUGCAACACUGCCUGCCAAAUGUUCAGAGGAAAGUUUUUGUGGCACGGAGAUAUUUUAUUGGGGAUGCACUUGAGAAUUGAGAUGUAUUUGUGGACGUUGGGGGAAUGAAACAAAAGGAACUGAUGAAUACGGUGCUGAAUUACAGGAUUGUUUAACAUGGAUCAUGGAUGUGAUUUCGUUUACUUCUAGGCCCAUCUCCAAUUGUCUACUUUGCAAAUAUCCAACUUCCUGAAGUAAACAUGCCAAGGGGGAAAGAUGGAAAACGUUGGAAUAUGUUUUUAGUGUAUUUUCCAA